AUGUCUCCUUUGUAUUAUCUUUUCUCGUCUUUGUCUACCACUACAAAUGCACCUUCUAUCAAUACUGCUAAUGGUUCCCUCUUGCACGCGAUACACAAGGGUUCUAUUUUCCAGUCAACUCUUAAUCUCCCUGAUACUUAUUAUGUUCCUAAAUUGAACUUUAAUCUUAUUUCUGUUGGACAACUUGUUGAUCUCGGUUUUGAUGUGAAUUUUUCUAUUUUUUGUUGUCAUGUACAAGAUCGUCGGACGGGACAAAUCAUCGGAACUAGACAUAAGGUUGGAAGGUUGUUUGAACUCGAGAAUCUUUAUAUUCCUUCUGUGCCAAAUCUUUGUGCUGCUUAUUUACCAUCUACCUUUCACUUAUGGCAUCAACGUCUUGCCCACAGCUCUUUGGGUAAAUUGCGUCCUCUUGUGUCUCAGGGUAUGUUGGAUCAGUUUUCCAAGGUCAUUAAGGUUUUUCGAUACGAUAAUGCUAUCGACCGUGAUUCCAAACUUUUAGCCUUUCUUGCAGAAUAG